GCUUAGAAUCUCCUACAAAUUCUCUUAGAAAAUUCUCUUGAGAAUUAUCAAAGAUGCACCCAUCUUAGUGGCGGCUCUUCACUUUUGACUUAUCAAAACUCUUUCCCAUGAGUGUUUGUGACGCCUUCCUACACCUUCAUCUGCUUGUCUUCCACAAAUUUCACCUUGUUCUUGAAGAUUCAAGUUGUUGGAUCCUGCUUUUAGUUGAAGAUUCACUGAGAAAGAGCAUAGAUCUACAUCAAGCAGCACCCUCAACCUCAGAUUUGGCCAAUACUCUCGCUUUACAGGCUGUAUACCAAGUGAUACAAGUGAAGUAUGUUAGUUGAUUCAAGGAUCAUGUUAGUGAAUCAGUUCAUUACUAACGUAGAAAUGUUAAAACACUAAAACAAAAAAUAACAUAAGAUUCAUUCAACACAUAAGCGUAUCAUGUCAGCUCUCUAACUUGCCCCUAAACAAUGCCACAUGAGACAAGUCUUCCGUGAAGAAUAGUCCUAGCAUUUUCCUACAGAAGGCAAAAACAAGUUUCAAUUAAGGACGAAUAUUGAGCCGCUUACAUUUAUACGGACUAAAAUGAUGAUUAACCCUUUAGUUAAGUAUGGUAUUUUUAUUUCUGCAUUAAAGUAAUAAAAAAUAGAUUGAAAAAGAAUACAAACAAAAAUAUACAGUUGUGAAAUGGUUACUGGGAAGAGGUAGCAACAGCAGGAUCGUCGAGAAGCAUCGGAUCUUCCCUCCCUCUCCAUGGCGACGACCUCCAAGACCACGGUUUCCAAGACCACGGUAUCACCUUCUUCUUCAUCAUCGAAGAGUUGGACGAAGAAUGUUUCAUCAAUUGCAGCUCGCAUCUACUUCCUCCUCAUCCUCUUCCAGAUCCCUCUUUUCAGGGUGACUUGCAGAUCUGGUGUGUGUACAAAUCCUUUACAUGUAACAUCGUCACAGUUGAUUGCGAGUGAGAUCUUCCCUGUUCCUGUUGUCAAGGGCCUUCUGUACCCUGGUGCUGUUGUGCAUGGCCUCAUCCACAAUAUGAGUGUUCCAAGUUGGGGAAAUUUGUUGGAGUCGUAUAACUUGACCGCUGUCAAGAAUGCUUCUGCAGUCACUGAUCUUCAACGAUUGGAGGUUCUUGCGGGAAGCUACUUCGCAGUGGCAGGAGCACUUGUUGGUAUUCUAAAACCCGGGAGAAUGAGCAUGUUCGGGUCACUUCUGAUAAUUUGGGGACUGGUCAAAGAAGGCAUUCUAGGAAAGCCUGCAAAUACUGAUCCUUCAAAAGCUGUCUAUGUCUACCCGACAAUGGUGCUCGCCUUAAUAUGUGCCUUCUCAUCUGUAAAAUACGAUGUGAAGAAGGCUGUGAGACCAGCCCCAAUCCGGUCCACUGCUAAACCUCUUAAGAGCUCAUCCAAGUCUAAGCUCAAAUGAGUGAUUCACAUGUUGACUAGUUCAGAUUGUAAGCGUUUCUCCCAAUUUCAUUUUGAACAUAUAGUUCAGUUUUUUCCAGAGUUAUUACCAUUUAAUUUUUCAAA